AUGCAUGUCAUCUACGGACAAAUCAAAGCUUUGAACAGUGAAGCAUCACUCACCUCCUCCCAGGAAGACCAAGAAAACGAAGUGGAACCACGAAUUUGCUUCAAUCCCGACUGUUUAUACCCUCUUGGACCAGCCUGUGCGGAAUGCAGCCUUGAAUUUGCGGAGAAGGAGAACCGACGAGUAGAGCGCCGUUCAGCAACCCGUUGGAAUUCGACCGAGGAAGAUACCAAUAGACUUGUUACGCCAACAAAUGAAGAAAUAGGACAGGCCCGUCUAGGAUCCAUUACAUCUCUAAGUAAUGCGUCUAUCGACACAUUUGUCCCCAAUCCAAGAAACAAAAAGUCUUUCCGGCACUUGACUGAUAUUUACCCAAAUACCAAGUCAAGAGAGUCUUUUACGGACCUCAAAGCUGCUAUCCGGAAGGACUCGCAGAAGUCGAGACCCAGUUCAAGUUCCUCUUCUUCUUCUACUGCUACUAUCGUGGAAGCAGAAACAACACCCAAGCGUACAUCCGAGAAAGCAGAAUCCAUCCUUUCACUCACUGAAGAGCCAGAUACUGUUGACGAGCCAGUAGAGAUCUCAGAUCUCACACACGAUUUUGAACGCCUACUGGCGCAAAAUAUCGUCCCAAUACCAAUCGAAAACUGGCUUGGAAGUAUCCCAGAACCCAUUCCAGAAACUUGGACUGAGAAUCCCCAGAAGCUCAAACGUAAAUAUCUAGAGCCUUCGAGCCCCGAGUCUCAAAAGUCGAUACAUGAGCAGCCAACACGACAAUCGCCUACCAAAAUCCGCCGAAGAAGGACUCAACAGAACGAACUUUGUCCGCUUUGCUCAAAUCCUAUCGGUGAUCCCAAAGAUCAGCAUCUAGUCAAAUGCCAAUUUGCACAUGACGAAAGAGAUCGAGAAGAACGCGCAAAACAAGCUGCUUUGGCUCGAGGUCAGAAAUGGGGUUGA